GGGUACGUCAGAUCAAGUGAAUGCGGAAAACGGUGCUGCGGACGGGUCGAGCCACAAGGUGUGGGACGACGAGAGUGACGAAGUGGCCUACAGUUACGCCAUGUUUUACUUCAUGAUGCUGUUGGCAACACUCUUUGUUAUGAUGUCAAUCACCAAUUGGUAUCAGCCGGACAAGCACACGGGUCUACUUUCAGCAAAUUACGCGAGUUUUUGGGUCAAGGCAGCGACCAGCUGGGCGUGUGUGGCUCUCUACGUGUGGACUCUGGUUGCACCUACUCUCUUCCCUAACAGGGACUUUACUUCUUAG